AUGCUCUUUUAUUUUGCAAAGUUCUCGUUGCACAUACUCGUAGUAAUUGCUGCUGUGUUUCUUACAACUAAGUAUGGAAGCCAGUGGGGAAUAACGAAACGAGAAACUCGAAAGAGCGAAGACAUCAAAAGAGCUGUACUACAAAAGAUGGAAAAAACAGUUGCCAAAGUUUGCGAUACAAAUGUGCCAAAAAACUGCUUCUUCGUCUCCGAUCGAGCAUAUCUUGACCACGAAAACUUAAUCGUUGAGCGCUCCCUAAAGGUGAGCGACAUCAGUGAUGUCAAAAUUAGCGCUGCUGAGCUGGAAACACCACAAGAGCUAUCGUGGAAGAACUUCAACACAAAAAAGUGGAAUAUAAACAAACUUGUUAUAAGAAAUCUUUACGCUAAAGUGAUGAUUGGAGUCGCAUUCAUGGCAGAGGCCCUUCACUUCGAUCCAGAACAAUAUCAGGAUGUGCUUGUAAUCGGCCUUGGUGGCGGCGUAAUGAGCAAUUUCCUCAGUGCAGUUGAUUUUAUCAAGGUAAACCUUACCACAGUUGAUAUUGACCCAACAAUGGCACAAAUAGCAAAAGAGUGGUUUGGCGUAGUUGAAAAUGUUUGCUACAAUGACAAUAAACCUAUUGUUUGUCCUGUGCCUGAGUUUACAAGGGUGGAAGUAGUUAAACACUUGUCGGAAGUGCUCGAUAAUGAAGGUGUUCUUGCUUUGAAUAUCCUUUGUAUGAGGGAUGCCAUCGGCAUUGAGGAUGAAAUGUUGGCAACCUACAAAGAUCACUUCAAAACCUGCUAUCUUCUGAGAUAUAAGCUCAGUCAGCGAUUACUUGUUUGCACCAACAGACAGAACUGGAGUUUUGAAGAGCAAAGAGAUCGUUUUUUGAAAAACCUGUGGAACAUUGAUGACCGAUUGCUGGUUAGAAGAGAAAUGUUGAUAUCGAAAACUAUGUACAGUUUUUCAACAGCUGCUUUGGUAGUACCAUCUGGUAUACUUAAUAAGGGCAACAGGAACACUAGUGUCUGGGAAAUAGAUAAGCAUUUCCUACACAGCCCAUAUGCAAGAGUCAUGGUUGGCUUUGUGUUUGCAAUGGAGGGGUUGAAGUUUAAUCCCACAAACAAGCAAGAUGUGCUUUUGCUUGGACUGGGAGGAGGUGUUGUAGCAAAUUUCCUUUCUUCGCUUAAAACUGCCAAACUUAAAAUGACCAGCAUUGAAUUGGACCCUACAGUUCGAGAUAUAGCGGUAAAAUGGUUCAAUCUCGAAGAAAACGAUAUGCAUAAAGUGAUUACGGCUGACGGGGCCCAGUUUGUUAAAGAUGAGGCCAAAAAAGGUAGAAAGUACAAAGCAAUCUUUCUUGAUGCGUGCUACACUACUUGCCCGGCAAAGGUGUUUUCAAAUCCCGACGUAGUAGAAAGCAUUGCAAGUCUUUUGGACAAAGAUGGUGUUCUAGCCGUAAACGUUCUCACUGCUCCUUUCAAAAACGAGGAACAAGUUAACAAAAUUAUGCAAUUGUACAAAACACAAUUUACGUCAUGCUUCACCUUCCUUGUUGGUUUGCAGCAUGUGCGCACACGCUCAUUCUAUCCGAGAGCAACAAUGAUGAGUAUCAAUAUAUGCGUUACAGGUUCUACUGUGUUCUCAUCGCUCUGCUUGGACUCUGGAAGAGCAGACGGAUUAUUUUUUGAAAAAUUUAGAAGAAGUUGA